AUGCACUCCUCAAAACUCCUCCAGCUCUUCGUCCUAGCAAUAACCGCUCUGGCAGCGGUGGACAUCCCAGCAGCGUUAUCCAACCCACCUCAACGUCGGAGUGUGAAAAAGUUCACACUUGCGAAGCGACAAAAUGGUGGUAAUGUCGAGAUCGGAGCGUCAUGUUCGGCGAUUACGGGAAAUCCUGAUGAUGUGAUUUGUGAGAUUUCUGGGGAAGAUGUAUCUUGUGCGCCGGUUUGUUGUCAGAGAGAUGGGAUGUUUGUCGAUGGAUGUCCGGCUGGUGAUCAAUGUAUUUUUGAAGGCGAGAAAUUGAAAUGCUGUCCUGUCGGCAAAAUCUGCGGUGCCCGUCCAACCGCCUGUUCAAACUUCGGUCUCGCGAGUGCUCAAACCGGCCUAGUCAUCUGUCCAUCCGCAACACCAACCUGUACCACCCGCACGGACGGCGGCAUAGCCUGCACAGGCGAAGGACAACCCGAACCCACCAUGCCACCGGCCACAACCCCCACUUCCGGCGGUGGUCGUAUAAUCCGUCCUAAUGUUCCGAAUCCUACCGAUGCUGUUGCUACUCCUGAACCAUCAUCUAUGGGUUCCACUGGAGGUGGGGAUGAUAUGGAGGCUACUUCUUCUGGAAUGGGAGAGGAUGUAGUUCAGAUGUCGAGUGGGAGAGAGGUGAUGCCAUCUGGAACUCUUGUGUUGCCGGAGAGUGCUAUGCCUACUGAAGAUGGUGAGGCGGCUAGUGGAGGAGAGAAUGGGGGUGUGAGAAGUGGAGCGGGGAGUGUAGUUUGUGAUAAUAUGUUUGGAGUUGUUGUGGCUGUUGUUGUUGGGCUUGGAUUGUUUCUUUGA